UUGUGUGUCCCUGUGAGUGUGUGUUUGUGAGUGUGUGUGUGUGUAUGUGUUUAUACACUCGCCAAGCGACGACCUGCAAACAGCCAUCUGAGUCCAGUCCGAGCUAAAAAAAAAAAAAAAAGAAGCAGAAAAACAGGAACCACAUUAUUUUCGAGUAUCUUUAUCAUGAUCUCGACGAAGCCGGUCCUCCUCCAGCUCUGAUCCCGUCGAGUUCGUCGUCUCUCCGGACGUCGGCCACAAGAACUGGACCAGAAAUUGAUGCACCUCGCUCCGCGGUGCUGCUUGUUUUGACCGGUGUAGCUACAAGGAGUCCUGCUAGAGGAUUUGCGGUCUGUCAAUGAGGAACUACCGGCUCAUCUUCUGCCACAACCUGAAGCAGCCAUAGAUGGUUCAGUGGUUCACUGGCCAGGGGAGGAGAGGAUAGGUUACACUUUCACUGCUACACGACGUGAGGUCUUGGCGGGUUUGUGGUGAGGAGGUGGAGGAGGCGGCCAUGAGGAAGAGCGUGUCUCUGUUGCCAGGCAAUGAGGGCGGGAGCUCGGCCAGCACCACACGGGUUUUUGGUGUCCCCUUGGAGGAGGUGUCACACACACACACAAUAGGUGGCCAUGAGGUUCCUGCACUGGUGAAACACAUUGUCGACUACAUCGAAGAACAUGGUCAUCUGGACCUGGAGGGGCUCUUCCUGGUUAAUGGCAACGCAGAGCGUGUGGAUUGGCUGCGUCAGCGCUAUGACAGUGGUGAGGAGGUGGAGCUGGAGAAGGAGGCUGACCUGGCGUCAGCGGUCAGUUUGCUGCGGCUCUUCCUGCAGGAGCUUCCUGAGCCCGUUAUUCCAACAGCGAUACAGGGACACAUACUACAGCUACACCAAGAUUACAGCAAUGAGGAGGAGUUGUGUAGAAACUUGAAGUACCUGCUGCAGCAGCUUCCCCAACUGAACUACGGCCUGCUGCGUUUCCUGUGCCGCUUCUUGGCCAGCGUGGCAUCACUUCAGCAGGAGAGCUGGAACGUUGGGGCGCUGGCCGCCGUCUUCGGGCCAGACAUAUUCCAUCUGUCAUCAGAAGGGGAGGACCUCCGGGACCAGGAGUCUGUAAGCAGAGUCCUGGCAGAGCUGUUGGACAACCAGGAGGGCCUGUUUGACUCAGAGGACGAUGAUGUCUCCACCACCAACGACUACAGCUCCAUUAACGAACAGAUCACUGAGCUGUUGGAUGAUGACAAGUGUGAGGCAGAAUGUGAAGAGCUCCCCCAGGACGAGGAGGGUCCCGUCUCCUCCGACUCACCACGACACACUGACGACGACCCUGCAGCCAGCUCCCACCUCUCCCCUAUAUCCAUCCUGCCUGCUGACUCUGCUGAGAUAAUUCAGCGAACCAUCAGGGCUGCAGUGGAGCAGCAUUUCCUUGAGCUGAAAACCUCCAUCGACCACAGCCUCAGCAACUAUGACAGCCAGGGGAUGAGUCCCAGUGAGCCUUCAGAUGAGGGUUGCCAUGGAGAUGGGGAGCAACAAACGGACCCCGGGGAACGUCCCUGUGAUGCCAAAGGGGAGACCCCACUCACAGAUACUGAGCAACAAAUGCAACAAAGCCAGACACACACACAGGAUUCACUGGACUCCGACACCUCCCCGGUGAAAAGCUUGGGAAUGGACAUGGAUGCAGACGCUGUCAGAGAUGCUGAGAACAACAUCAACACUGCCAGGCAGGACAAUCAACCCUGUGACUCCAUGGACCAGACUGACACUGUAACCUGUCAGGACCUGAGCUCGUGCCGCUGUGAUCAGAACGCCAACACCAGCGAGACCAACAGGAACCACCUGUCGUCAUGCCAACAAAACUCUGGCCUCAACCCCCACCUCCAACUCUUUCCUGACAACCAAUGGGAAGCAUCCACCCCCUCCCAUCUCCAUCUCCCUCCCAUAGAUUUCUCAUGUAUGCAUCUACAGAGAGAAGGCCAAGACCCCAUCCCGGCUUACAAAUCCUGGCAGGAUGAGAACGAGAGCGGAGAAGCACAGCUCUCCCCGUUGGCUGGUCGCAUGGUUCCUCUCCCCCCACUGCUCCUGGAGGAGGAUGGUGAGGACGAGGAAGAGGGGGAGGGAGGGCAGGACGCCUCCCCUUCCUCUUCCCGCUCCCACCCUCACCUUCUUGCUCGACGCUUUCUCGACUUCGGUGCGCACAGUGCUCAACGCUUCCUCCAGCAAGACCCAGACGCCACCUCGCCCACCAAAGCACAGAGACCACGUCGAGCAUCCUUCGGCUCCAAAGAGGCGAUGAGAGGAGGAGAUUCCGUGACCCACCAACUCACCAAGAAGCUACAACACCUGAAGAAGAAAAUCAAGCAGUUUGAAGAGCAGUUUGAGAAAGAGAGGAACUACAAGCCCUCUCAUGGAGACAAGGCAGCUAACCCCAAAGUCCUCAAAUGGAUGACCGACCUCACCAAGAUCCGCAGGCAAAUUAAAGGACGCCAGCACCACCUUUUACCCAGAAGCACGCUGAGGCACCAGGCUUUGCUCCAUUCACACAGACGCCACCAUGCUCCCUCCUCCUCCCCUUCCUCCUCCUCCUCUAUCUGCCCUCCUCCCCAUCACACACUCACCCCCCCACGUCACUCCUACUCAGGCCUGAACUCUAGACCGUUUCACCUCAAUGCCAAACACCGUGCAGAGAGCGAGCUCGGCCCUCAGACUCGUCCUCGGAGCAACACCUUGCCCAAGAGCUUUGGCUCGACACUGGAUCAAGGCACCCAUGAUGCAGCGGGGGACGUUAAAGGUUCGCAUCCCACCAGGGAGGAAACACUGGAGCUGAUCCAGUGCAGGGUCAAAGGGAAGAGGCAGGAGGACGGAUGGCCUGAUGACAUCAAGAAGAUGACCAAAGAGCAGUUGUCCUGUGAGAAGACGGUCCUGCAGAAGAACCUGCUGCACUACGAAGGCCUGCACGGUCGACCGGCGACCAGAGAGGAGCGUCUGGUGGUGAAGCCUCUCUACGAUCGCUACAGACUCGUCAAACAGAUGCUCACCAGAGUCUGCAUCACACCGAUCACAGUGUCCCCCUCCAGUAAGAGGCGGAGUCAGAUCCUCCAGCCAAUCAUAGAGGGAGAAACUGCUCAUUUUUGGGAGGAGAUCAAAGAGGAGGAGGAGGAAGAGCGGAAAGGAGGUGGUGGAGCAGAAGAAGAAGAGAAGGAGGAGGAGAGGGAGGAGGAGGACGAUGAGGAGGAGGAGGAGGAGGGAGAAAGCAGCGGCGGUGAGAUGCAGAGCUCUGAGGUCAUCAUGGCCGUCGACCUCGUGACCACGACCGACAGGCAAGUGAGGAGCCAGGACCAAUCAGACCAACAGAGCGACUGUCCAAUGAGAGCCAAGCUGGAGGAGGGGUCGGGGAGGCUGGCGCUGGACCUGCGACUCUCCAGCUCCAACGCUUCGUCCAUGCCAGAGCUGCUGGAACAGCUGUGGAAGGCCCGAGCAGAGAAGAAGAAACUGAGAAAGACCAUCAGAGAGUUUGAGGAAGAUUUCUAUCAGCAUAAUGGAAGAAACGUUCAGAAGGAGGACCGGGUGCCGAUGCUAGAGGAGUACAGAGCGUACAAGAGGAUCAAGGCCAAACUCCGCCUCCUGGAAGUCCUAAUCAGCAAACAGGAUUCCUCCAAAUCCAUUUAGGCCCUCCCCUCCUCAGACACCUGCCAAUCAAUCAACGCACACAUCAGCCGUCAUCACUGAAGUCCAGCCGUCUGCCGGACGUCAUCGCACCCCCGAGGGUUUCAUCGAACGCUCCUGUGACCACAAGACGACUUCGCGGCCACUGCUCGGUGCUGCAGUCACGUCACAGAGAAACUAACGGAGGGACAGUUCAGGCAGGAAGUUCUGAAAUACUUUGAUUUACUUUCACAGUCGGAGGAUUUUCUGGAAACAGGAGAUUUUACAGUCACAUUUUAGAGACGGAAUCUGUUCUUCAGCUUCAGGAACCCAAGUAAAGUUUAGUUUUUAGUUUGUCGAACUGUCUGAUUCACUCAGACUGACGCUGUUCGUGUACAAGUAUGUGUGCAGCAUUUAUUCAGACUGAAACCCAACACUGGAUGUUGGUACCAGUAUCAGAACGAGGGAAGAGAGUUUCUUCCUGAAUACUCAAUAAGUUAUAAGUAAUUAACAAGUAAAAUAUUUAAAAUCAGAACUCUGGCCUUCAGGCUCAACAUCACCUUUAAGACUCCACAUUUAAAUCUGCUCAUUCACAUCAGGCCUUUAAACGAGUCUGAUGUUCUUCAUUAAGAUCUUUGAAUUAUUCUUUGAGAAAUGGGCAAAAAAUGUAAAAAACGCAACGUAAAAGACAAUUUGCCAAAUCUUCGAGUCUUGUGGAAUAAAAUCACAACUUGAAUUAAUAAUCACUUUUAACAGCUGAGUAGUUUUUGCUACUCGAAGCUACUGGGACUGUUUAGUCGGCUUUUAGCAUUUUGAUCAGAAAAGUGUUUUUUCUAAAGCUCAGUUUUAAUUUACGCUCGUACAAGUUGUUUCCUGUGACUCGACUGCAGCAGCGCCCCCUGCAGUCAAACCUGAAAUCACUCCAGUCAGACUCAGCCGAUCUCCUGCUGCCUCAUCUGACGCAUAUCAUCGGAAACACGGCCGCAGUUUAAAAACACCGCAAAAAGAAUCUUCUUCAUUUAUCUCCAUCGUCGUCGUCAUCCCACCAACUCGACGUUAGACUUUGCACUUGACUUCUCGUUUCCUCGUCUUCUGAGGAAAAGUUAAAAACAUUCUGACUUUUUUUAAUUUCAGGAACUUUUCUGUCGUCGAUCUUUGUUUGUUUCCUUCAUGCUGAGGAAUCUCGUGGGGACGGCUCGAGGACUUAAAGACGCUCUUCACUCAACACACGUCUGUUUGUUUUUGUUUGGGACGUCGUUCGGUGUAAGACGUUCCUCUUUAGCGUCACGUCAGGGAGGCACGAUUUUAAACCUAAUCUUAAAACCGGCCUCCCUAGUGCGGAGCGAUUGAUUAUUUUAUUCUCCCGGUGAAACUUUGACAUCUUCAUGUUCCGACUGGUUUUAAAAUUAAUUCACUAAGUUUAAAAAGAAGUUUGUUCAUGUUAUAAAAUAAACUGCACACGUUUGUUUGAGACACUGAUGUUCACGUUGAAGGAAAAAUCGCGUCGCGUUUCAAGGGAAAACGAACAAUUCUCCAUUUUCCUUUUCAUUUCUUUGUUCUUCAUCAUUUCUUUUUUACUUUUUUGUGUCAGUUUUGUCAGAAGAUGUACAGCAGGUCGGCAUGAGGUGAACUUUAGUUUCCCAUGAUCCUCUUGUAAAAAUGCUGCUUUUAGGUUUUAAGUCUGAACUUUCUAAAAGCAGAAUUAAACUCAAGAUGUUCACAGGAAACAGUCGGACGCAGAUCAGGAGAUUUGGGUGGUUCUAGAGAUCAUCUGGAAUAUCGUGCACUGGUUAUGGACGUAGUUCUUGUUUUUCAGUUAAACUUGUUCAGAGGGAUGAUGGGUGAUAAACGCUGAGAAGAGGAGCCGGUGUUUGUUUUACGUUGCUGCUGCUUCUCUGAAAAACCAAAAGAAUGAUGGUUACAGGUGUGACCAGGUCUGAUGUCCAGGAGCAGGUGUCGUUAAAAAAACUUUGGUUGUUCCCUGGUUGAGAUUUUCCCCCGCUGGGAUUUUUAGCUUUAAAGGCUUUAACGUGUGGAUGAGCACUGAUUUUAAGCAUCUGUGGUUUAACUGGUAUUUUUCCCGGGACGCUGAAGGUCUGAAUAGAUUCAUUAAUGUCACGUUCACGUCACAGAGAAGAAGUUAAACCUGCUGUGUUUCGUGUCCUCGGUCAAACCUGCAGCUCCGGUGAAGUUUCAUUUCCUGCUGGCGGGUCAAAUGAGGGCAGGCGAGGGGGGGGAGUUUGUCAUUUUCUUCUUCUGUGAUGCUGCGUCGUCGUGAGUAAGAUCAGAGUCAAGAUGUCACAAUGUGAUUUAAAAAGUGGGAAGAAGACAUUUCCAACAGUUGCUACAUUUUGGCUUCAGCUGGUGAGUUCGUGAAGCGAUCGUUCUAUUAUCAGAACCUGAGUCGCUGUUAACUGAGGAAGGUUUCAGCUGUCGAGGGCCGGCGAGACUUCAUGUGCUUUUCUUACUGUAUCGUUGUAGAUUUACCUGCCAGAGUCCGAGCGACUGCAGCCGACGACAGACGUGAGGGUUUGAAAUCAAAGUUCUGAACGAGACUUAAAGUUGGCGUUUGAACAAAAAUGGGCGAGGGAGGUGCGGUGUGUGUUUGUCGGCACGGUAACGGAGGUCAUUUGUAAAAAGACGUUAUUUGCACAGCAUUCACAGAAUGCAGCCCUAUUGUGUUUUUUUUUUUUUUUUCAUUUGUAUUUCUAAAAAUGAAGCACUACUUCUAUAUAAAUAUAAAUAUAUCCUGUACAUAAAAAAAAAACACCCGAAGGAAUGAAUGUCAGAAAUGUUUAAAUUAUUUCAAACAUUGCGUUUGGCUCCCCCUUUUGGUUAUAAUUAUAUUUGUGAUGCCCAGAGAAUGUGUUUUUUGUAAUAAUAUCACUAUGAAUACUACUAUUACUAUCAUACCAGUUCUUUUGUGUGAUGAUUCCGAUGAUAAUAAUCCUUUUGUAUCUACUCACUAACUGUAAAACCAGCUGUAGAAGUUAGUCUGGCACUGUGUGUGUGGCUAAUCCAACAUGAACCUGCUCUGUUCCUCCUUUACUUUGUCAGUCUGUGUAAAAUACGUUGAACUAGAAUCAGUACUGUAGUCAGCUUGCAUGGCAAACGAGAACAUAAUAGUGCAAAAAAAUAUAUAAAUAUCAUUGUUUCUGUUUUUUGUGCCAUGAAGACGCAGCAAUAAUAAAAGUGUGUGGAGGUUUUACAGUAUCGGGUCAUGAUGAGUUGCAUCGACUGUGUGAAUAUCUGAGGUACUUUAUUUUUUAGUUUUUUACAUAGGUUGACUUUAACACACUCUGUUCUGACCUCUGUUGUCAGCAUAAUGUUCAUGAAAAACAACUAAACGAGAAUUUGACAUAAAGAGCGAUUGAGAAGCCAGCGCAGGACGAGUCAUAUCUGAAAACAUUCCAGUUUUUAUCCUGAAGUUAAAAAGUGGAAACAAUCUGUUGUUUUUCUUUUCUGGUUUUUGAAUUCCCAUUCUCUCGGCGCCUCAGUUUCUCUUUUGUUUUACAUUGUGCUUGCAACAGAGUGGUACAACGUCACAUGUGGUUCUCACGUCGUAAACUGUAAAUGUGUCCUGUCAGUGUACAGUUUGUUUCAUCUCACCCGUGUGACGUCGGUGCACGGUUGUUUCUCUCACACUCACAAACACACACACGGAGGGUUCGCAGCAGAGGUCGGAGUCAAAGACGUCUCACAGGUCACAGCAGCUCCUGAAAGAAACGAUCAGUUCUUUUAGUCGCAACAGGAACAGAAGACGUCGAUUAUCCAUCUUACAAAUCUGUGAAGGGACUUUUCAGUUCAUAGAGGCCUUAAUUUUUAAAGGAUCAGUGCUUUUGUUUCUUUCCGACUCAAAGCUGAAGAUAACGGAGCUGAGGAAACAGAUUUGUUCUGCCAGGGUUUCGAUUCCUCUUCUGUUCACAAACUCCAGUGAAUUUAUUUAAACUCACGACGUCUUCGACGAUGAACUUUGCUGCUGCUCCUCCUGCUCCUCCUCCUCCACGUGUUUCAUCACAUGAAUAUAUUGUAUGUACUGUGUGUAAUUGUUUUCAUACUUUGUGAAUGCUUAUUUUCCCUGUUAUUUCUUCAUUAACAAAAACGAUGAGAAAAUACAAUCAGUAACAUUUACACAUGAAAAUAAAAAUGACAAGCUUGCCACAUCAGUUCU